AUGUCCGGCUUGGGCUUUGUUGACUUUACCGGAGAGAAUCUGUACCGUGCCAAUGCCAUAACCAAGCAUCUGGCUGCCACUCCUUCCGCCCAACAUGGAGUUGUGCACUUUACCACGGAAGCCCUUCUUGGCGGUGCAUUUUUGAUGCGAAAACUGGAGGCAGAAAACUUUCAGUAUCCAUUUAAAGAGCGGGAGACGCCGUUCCAGUUCGCAUACAAAACAAUGGGCCAAGAAGAGCUCGCAAAGGAGCAUACCUAUUCUAUUAUGGCUGCAGAAGGCCGCAUGGACAGUUUUAAUCAUUUCAUGGUGGGCAAGUUUAUGAAGACAAAUACCGCCCCAGACCGUGUCCGAGCCCUGGGGUACGAUCUAGAAUCGGUUCUUAACGACGCGCAAGCCUCCACUCCGCUGACUAUGGUGGACAUUGGCGGAGGCCGCGGGGAGAUGCUGCUCGAUUUCAAGGCAGCAUUUCCCCAGCUUCAGACUUCGGACCUGAUCGUCCAAGAGUUCAAUCACGAUAUUACCGAUAUCCCUGGGGUUACCCUGGCUACGUGGAACUACAAGGACGAAAGUCCGCAACCGAUCAAGGGGGCGCUGAUUUACCAUUUGGCUCAUAUUCUUCACAAUCUGUCAGACCUGGAAGCCGUGCGUCUGUUGAAGAAGAUAUCGGAGGCUAUGGCUCCUCACUCGCGAUUACUGAUUCAUGAAUUUGCGAAGAAUGUCAAUUAUGCGAAGAUGCACGCCGCUAUGAUCGCCUUGUGUGGAGGUCGAGAGAGAAGCUCGACCGAAUGGCAUCAAAUGGCUGACUUGGCUGGGCUUCGAGUGACAUUCGAAACUUAUCCGCCGUUUGGAGAAGGCUUGAUUGAAAUGAGGAUGGUGGAGAGAUCUGUUUAG